AGAAAUUAAUUGCUUUCCGAUUCAGAAUUCAAUGGCUCGGCUUAUCUUUCUUUUCCUUGCCUUUCUCUUUCUGAUCACUAAUGUUAUCAUUAUCAGCAAUUUUAAUGGCAACUCUGUUCAUGCGGUCUGCAUUGAGAGCGAGAAAGAAGCCCUUUUGAAGUUCAAGCAAGGUAUCGUGGAUCGCACCAACCGACUGGCCUCUUGGCAUUCUGAUGGAGAUUGUUGCAAAUGGACGGGGAUUGUCUGCAACAACGUGACUGGUCAUGUCAUUGAACUCAACCUUAGAGUACCUCCAUUGGAUGACUACUAUGAUGAUGAGGCUUAUGAGGCUUAUGAGGCUUAUGAGGCUUAUUAUGAGGCUUAUGAAAGAUCAUGGCUGGGUGGAAUUCACAUUCCCAAGUUUAUUGGUUCUUUGAGGAGUCUAAGAUACCUUAACCUCUCCCUUUCAGUAUUUGGAGGGAAAGUUCCUCACCAUCUUGGUAAUCUUUCUUAUCUAAAAUAUCUCGAUCUUGGGAACAAUGAUUUGCAUGUUGAGACUCUCCAUUGGUUGUCUAGUCUUUCUUCAUUGGAGUACCUUGAUUUGAGUUCUGUGAACCUUAGCCAAGCCUCCACUUGGUUUCAUGCAUUAAAUACACUUCCUUCUUUGGUAGAAUUGCACUUGUCAUACUGCCAACUUCCCCAUAAGUUCCAUUCCAUUGCAGGUGUAAAUUUAUCAUCUCUUGCUACCCUUUCUCUUUCUUGGAAUUCUUUCCAAAACUUGUCAAUGAUCAAUUGGGUUUUUGGUCUCAAGAACCUAAUUUCCCUUGAUCUGUCAAGAAAUUAUAUUGAAGGUCCAAUCCCUUAUGGUCUUCAAAAUUUGACUUCGUUGAAUCUACUUGAUCUAUCAUCCAAUUCUUUCACUUCCUCAAUACCUAAUUGGUCAGUUUUUGGUCUCAAGAACCUAAUUUCCCUUGAUCUAUCAAGAAAUUAUAUUGAAGGUCCAAUCCUUUAUGGUCUUCAAAAUUUGACUUCGUUGAAGCAACUUGAUCUAUCAUCCAAUUCUUUCAAUUCCUCAAUACCUAAUUGGUCAGUUUUUGGUCUCAAGAACCUAAUUUCCCUUGAUCUAUCAAGUAAUUAUAUUGAAGGUCCAAUCCCUCAUGGUCUUCAAAAUUUGACUUCAUUGAAGCAACUUGAUCUAUCAUCCAAUUCUUUCAAUUCCUCAAUACCUAAUUGGUCAAGUCUUGGUCUCAAGAACCUAAUUUCCCUUGAUCUAUCAGGUAAUUAUAUUGAAGGUCCAAUCCCUUAUGGUCUUCAAAAUUUGACUUCGUUGAAGCAACUUGAUCUAUCAUCCAAUUCUUUCAAUUCCUCAUUACCUAAUUGGUCAAGUUUUGGUCUCAAGAACCUAAUUUCCCUUGAUCUAUCAGGUAAUCAUAUUGAAGGUCCAAUCCCUUAUGGUCUUCAAAAUUUGACUUCAUUGAAGCAACUUGAUCUGUCAUACAAUUCUUUCAAUUCCUCAAUAUCUAAUUGGUUGGUUCUUGGUCUCAAGAACCUAAUUUCCCUUGAUCUAUCGAGUAAUCAUAUUGAAGGUCCAAUCCCUUAUGGUCUUCAAAAUUUGACUUCGUUGAAGCACCUUGAUCUGUCAUACAAUUCUUUCAAUUCCUCAAUACCUAAUUGGUUGUACACUUUUGCUCCUCUUGAGUCUCUAAAACUUGGAGAAAAUCUCUUGCAAGGUGAAAUUUCAAGUGACAUAGGAAAGAUGAAGUUUGUUGUUGACCUUGACUUAUCCUGUAAUAGUUUUGAAGGUCAAAUCCCAAUUAAUUCAGUAGGAAAUCUCUGCAACUUGAGGUCACUCACCCUCUCAGGUUCCCUUUUCAACUUUUUGUGUUUUGGAGUUAAUGAGACCAUGGAUCAAAAGUAUGUUCUCAAUCUUGGCAACAAUUUUUUGUCUGGAGAGUUACCAAAUUGUUGGUCCAAGUGGCCAAAUCUAGAGGUCAUUGCAUUAGAUAACAACAAAUUUACAGGUGAAAUUCCAAACACCAUGGGAACUUUACAGUCCCUUCAAUCGUUGCAUCUUCAUGGUAAUAACCUUUCAGGAGAAAUUCCUGUGUCAAUAAAAAACUGUACAGCUUUAGUGACCCUUGAUUUUGGUGAAAAUGAAUUGGUUGGGAACAUCCCAUCAUGGAUGGGUCAUAACCUUCUAAAUCUGACAAUCUUGAGGCUACGUUCAAACAAAUUUUUGGGGCAUAUCCCUAAAGAGUUAUGUGCACUUAGUUUUCUCCAAGUCUUGGAUGUUGCUCAAAAUAGGCUUUCCGGAAGCUUACCAAGUUGCAUUAAUAACAAUUUAUCAGAAGAUAUCCCUUGGGAAAUAACUAGGCUUCAGGGGUUGCAAUCACUAAAUUUGUCACAUAACCUUUUCACUAAAAGGAUCCCUUCAAAUAUUGGUGACAUGAGUUCACUAGAAUCUCUUGAUCUUUCUGUAAACAAAUUGCUCGGGUCAAUCCCUGAAAGCAUGUCUAGAUUGUCAUUUCUAAGCUACUUGAACCUAUCUGACAACCAAUUGAGUGGAAAAAUACCUAUAAGUACUCAGUUACAAAGCUUUGAUGCAUCUUGCUAUGCUAGAAACGAACUGUGUGGCCUUCCACUACUGGAUAAUUGCAACGAAGUUAAUCAUGUAGUACCUGGUAUUGGAAAUAAGGGAGGGAAAGAUAUGGAUGGAGCUAAAGUGAAUUGGUUGUUUGUUAGCAUGACACUUGGGUUUAUUUUGGGAUUUUGGUGUGUAUUGAGUCCUCUAGUGAUUAGUAGGGAAUGGAGGUAUGCAUAUUAUCAAUAUCUGGAUGAGAUGUGGUGGAAAGUCAGUGAUUAUGGGAGUAAAUAUUUCUAAAAUUUGAUGUAGGUUUUUUUACAAGUGUAUUUCUCUUCAUGUUCUUGUGAAAUGUUAUAAAGCAUUGCCUCUUCACUAUUGCUCAAUUUUGUUUUGACUAUUUGUUAUCUCUAAUGAAGUAGUAAAAU